CAGGCUCCCGCCGCCUCUCGCGAGGCAGCCGCCCCCCUCCCCCCCCCGCGCUCGCUCACGUCACCGGCGGAGCAGACGGGGACAACAUGGCGGAGCGGCGGAGGCACAGGAAGCGGAUCCAGGAGGUCGGUGAGCCAUUCAAAGAGGAGAAGGCUGUUGCUAAAUACUUACGUUUCAACUGUCCAACAAAAUCCACCAACAUGAUGGGCCACCGAGUUGAUUAUUUUAUUGCCUCAAAAGCUGUGGAUUGCCUCCUGGAUUCUAAAUGGGCAAAGGCAAAGAAAGGGGAAGAGGCUUUAUUUACAACCCGAGAGUCUGUAGUUGAUUACUGCAACAGACUCCUGAAAAAACAGUUCUUUCAUCGAGCAUUGAAAGUGAUGAAAAUGAAACCUGACAAGGAUACAAAGAAAGAAAAGGAAAAAGGAAAGGCUGAGAUUGGGAAAGAAGAGGAGAAAAAGAGCAAGAAGGAAAGUGUCAAAGAUGACAAAAAUAAGAAGGAGAAAGAAAAGAAGAAGGAUGGUGAAAAAGAAGAGUGUAAGAAGGAUGAGACCCCAGGAACACCCAAGAAAAAGGAAACUAAAAGGAAAUUUAAACUUGAGCCGCAUGAAGACCAAGUUUUCUUGGAUGGCAAUGAGGUGUAUGUGUGGAUCUAUGACCCCGUUCACUUUAAAACAUUUGCCAUGGGACUUGUACUUGUGAUUGCUGUUAUAGCUGCAACGCUGUUCCCCCUCUGGCCAGCGGAAAUGCGUGUUGGUGUUUAUUACCUCAGUGUAGGCGCAGGCUGUUUCGUCGCCAGUAUUCUUCUUCUUGCCGUUGCUCGCUGCAUCCUUUUCCUGAUCAUCUGGCUGAUCACUGGAGGAAGGCAUCACUUCUGGUUCCUGCCAAACCUUACAGCAGAUGUGGGCUUCAUUGACUCCUUCAGGCCUGUGUACACACAUGAAUACAAAGGACCAAAAGCAGACUUAAAGAAAGAGGAAAAAUCAGAAUCCAAAAAGCAGCAAAAAUACGACAGUGAGGAGAAAUCAGACAGUGAGAAGAAGGAAGAAGAUGAUGGGAAAACAGAAGGACCGAGGAACUCGGGAACAGACGGCUCUGGAGGAGAGCGGCAUUCAGACACUGACAGUGACAGGCGUGAAGACGACAGGUCCCAGCACAGUAGUGGAAAUGGAAACGACUUUGAAAUGAUCACAAAAGAAGAACUGGAACAGCAAACAGAUGAGGGGGAUUGUGAAGAGGAGGAAGAGACCGAAAGUAGGCCUUCACAUGAAAAAUCAUAACUCACUGUGGUUUGGGGACUAAGUAUGUGCAAAUGGUUGGAUUUUCUUUGUUGGCUGAUCACCAAAACAUAGACCAUACAGUAGCGUCUUUGUUUGCUGAAAUAUACAUGUUACCAAACAGUUUUAUAUCUAGUUUCUUCAUUUUUUUUUAACCAUUAACUUGAUUAUUUGGUACUAUGUUAAUCAUUAAUAUCCAUUUACAGAAGUUUUAUCAAUCUGACAAGUCUUCUAUUGAUUGAUAGAUUGCCCAGAUUGUCCUCAAACAUACUGAAGAACAGUUUUCUGGUACUUGCAUAACUGGUCAAUUAGUUUAGCUUCUCAAACUUGCUUUUGUAAAACAGGUGAUAGUGGAAUGACCAAAUCUUCAAUUAUUCCUAAUUAUUUGAUCUUUAGUUAGGUAAAGCCCAUCUUAGCCUACAGCUUUCUUGUUAUCCUUCUUGAUUUUGUUUUCAAAAGAUUGUGAAAACUUUCCUGAGAAAACUAGUUUUAGCAGAAGUAUUUGGCUGAAAAUGUAGAAGCUGGUAGUGCUGAAUUCAGCUGCAGUGCUCUUUUUCUCCAGACUGCGUGCCAGCAACCGAGGAAAUCCAAACUGGUUUUGUACAUCUGGUUCACAGAAAGAUGUCAUCUCCAGCAGGUGAAGGAACUCUCCAGGUUUGGAAAUCCUGGCUGUUUUCCUUCUCCUGCUCCAUCAUAAUUAAAAUUUAAAUAAAUGUAUUCUGUACAUAAUUUACAAAUAAAGCAAACCAUUUACUUUAACUGCUACUUAUUAUUUAGAAAUUUGAUCCAGCAUUCAGUUUGUAUUAUUAAAGCCAUUUUGUGGUGUAUCUAUCGGAGAAAUGCAAGUCACGAGGACCUCACAGAAUAUUUGUGUAUGAUUGGUAGCUGUUCCACAAAAGCUUUAGUUUUGUGCCAACAUUCCAUGUAUUUGAGUAUGAGUAAAUUGAUCUUUAUUAAAUGAAAGCAAACAACAUAGCUGUAUGUAUGCCUUAAUGUUAAACUUUCUCUAUUCUGGAACUGGACUACUUUUAAAACUGAAGAAGCAGCAGAGUAUUCCUCUGUUCAGAAGCACAGGUAACUCAAAGCUAAUACAAAAUGACCAUUAAUAAUUUGUUUAUAAAUA